AUGGACGAGCCCGUGCCGGGCGCAGGCAGCGAGGUGCCCGCGCUGCACAUGGCCGCGUCUGGACAGGAGGACUGGGGCGUGUCGGAGCCCGUGGAGGACGAGGAGGAGUCCACUGGCUGGGAGAUCGUGGCCGCUCCGUCCAGCGGCCGCCGCGAGAGCCCGGGCUUCGCAGUCUGCGCCGUGUCAGGGGCCUCCGAGAUGCCCUACGACCUGAUCAUGGGCUGCCUGGACCCGGACUGCGCCGCCGAGUUCCGGGAGGGCCGCGAGGGUUGCCGCUGCGGUUGCUGCGGGCUCCUGUUCUGCGAGCAGCACCUGGCGCAGUGGCCGCUGUACGGCUGGUCCGGCGCCGCCGGCAAGGGCUGCGGCGACUCGUGCCCGUCGCCGAGGGGCCCCACGCUGGCCGAGAGCCUCGGGGUGACCAUCGGCCCCAGCAGCAUAAGCCUGUGCCGCGAGUGCCGCUCCACCAUGGCUGCCGGGAGCCUCACGCUGGGGCCGGGGGCCACCGCGGCUGCCCGCCGGCCGUCGGUGCUCGGAUCUGACAGCGUCCAGAUCGCCGCCGAGGCCAGGGCGCUCGCGUCCAUGCCGCUCGCAGGCCUCCGGGCCGAGGACGAGGCGGAGGACACCAGCAGGACGGUGGCCCGGAGGCUGUUGCUGAGGAAGCUGGAGGGCCUGCGGGUGUGCCUCCGCCCCUGGGCGGAGUUCGAGCGCGAGUGGGUCUGGCGGCUGCAGGAGGAUCUCACGACCCAGCCCGGAGGGUGGGUCGCGCAAUUCGCGCGGCAAGCCUGCUGGGAUUCCAGGGAUGCCGGCGGCAAGGCCAAGGACGCCGAGUGCGUGUUCUCGCUGGUCGAGGGGGCGCAGGCGAGCGGCACGCUGCUCCCGCGGGACGCGCUGCAGGUCAUAGGCGUCUUCCAGCGCAGGGCGGCCGCGGCCGUGGCGGCGCUCGGAGCGCGCCGCGUGGGGCAGAUGGUCACCCACCUGGCCAAGGCCCUCAGGGCGCUGGAGGAACUGGAGCUGGUCUGCUCCCUGGAGCUGCUGCUGGACUCCGGAGACGCGCUGGGCUCCGCCGGCGCCACGGGUGGGCGGCGGCAGAUCGUGGACACGCUGCUCACCAGGGCCAGGGGCGCCACGCCGGCCGCGGAGACGCUGCGCGGGGAGCUGUUCUGGGCCCUGGAGUCCCGCGGCCACGAGAGGCCCUGGGCCGUGCUCGCCGCGCAGGAGCUGAUGCGCCCGGGGGCGCUGGGCGAGGGCCCGGACCUGCCCGCGGAGGCCGAGGUCGGGUUGCUGCGCCAGCUCGCGUGGGUGCGGCUGCUGGAAGGCGGGCAGAUCGACGCGGCGCGCGUCGAGCCGGCCUGGGGGUCGGAGCGCGCUUUCCCGGUGGCCGUGUGGCCGCCGAACCGGAAGUGCAUCGGCCUCGACCGGCUGCCCACGGAGGCCACGAGCAAGUGCGCCCCGAGCAUCCUGCGCUGCCGGCUCCAGCCGGACCACGCCACGGCGGCGCCCUCCGUGCCGGGCAGGGGCUCCGUCGGCCCGGGCAGGACUUCGGGCCUGAUGCUGAAGCGCGACCCGGCGGGGAUGCGGCGCGAGCAGCAGGUGGGCCAGACGCUGCGGCUUCUGGAGCACCUCAUAUGGAAGGAUCCCGGGCUCCGCGGCCUGCUGCAGUCGGAGGGCCUGAGGCCGGAGGACGUGAGGGUAACCUUCGCGAUCGCCAUGACGGGGCCUGGCACGGCGAUGCUGGAGUUCGUCGAGGACGCCCAGACAUUGCGGGACGUUCGGGCCCACUACGGCUCGCCGCUGGGGACAGGCGAGGCCUCGCUGAGCGCCUACCUGGCCAAGCACAACCCCAACCAGACGCUGAUGAAGCUGGCUCUGACCCGCCUGGCCUUCACCGCCUCCGUGUCGGCUGUCCUCUCCUUCGUGGCCGGCCUGGGCGACCGGCAUCAUGAGAAUUUCAUGGUCACGAAGGACGGGCGCCUGCUCAACGUGGACUACGGCUACGCGCUCGGCCAGGAGCCCCUGGACUCGGUGCUGAUCCACUACGCCUUCCAGUGGGGCAGGCCCAUCGUCACCCUGCAGUACCAGGAGGUGCACGAGGCGCUGGGGAAGGACCUCAUCGAUAGGAUAUUCUGGCCAGUGGUCCGCAGCGCGUAUCUGACAGCUGCGGAUCUUUGCGUACGGCAGCAUGCGGGGCUCCUGGCGGAGAUGGUGUACUGCACCAUGGUGCGGGACCUGCGCAGGGAUCUCCAUGGCGACCCCGCCAUGGUCGAGCGCUGCUGGGCGACCGCGCAGGCCUACGUGUCGCGGCACUGCGUUCCCUCCAUGGGGGAGCCGGCCGCCUCGCGCUUCGUGCACGCCUUGCUGGAGCACUGCGGCAAGAACGAGCGCGGCGUCCAGGUGCGCGACCAGCUGCGGAGGCUGAAGCUGCGGCAGAGGACGCAGAUGUGCCUGAACAAGGCCACGGAAGCUGCGCGCUCACUGCCCUCGGCCGUCACCAGCGCGACCGGCGCCGCUGUCGGCGACGCCGGGCAGACUUUCUGGCGCCACUCGGAGGUCGCGUCCUCGGCGGUCCGCAGCACCGCCACCGGCCUGCUGGGCAGCGUGCGCGGGCUCCUGCGCGAGGCCAACCUCUCGUCGCCCAAGGCUCCAGGGCCCACCGGGCACGCAGACUGA